GUGACAUCUUGUCAAACCCCCGGCCAGGUUGCUCUUACCUAUAGCGAAGGACCUUCGGAAGCAACGAUGGAGAUGCUUCAGACGCUUAAAGAAGCUCAAGCAAGAGUCACGUUCUUUGCGAAUGCCACAUGGUUGCAAUACAUGCAAUAUGCUGGAGUGACCCGCCAUGCGUAUUUGGAUGGUCAUCUGAUCGGUAUGACCUACCGUCUCCCCUCCGACAGCUCCUCGACCUUGACAGAUGAUCAGAUCAAGAACGAUAUCGCAAAGAACUCGCGUACGAUCCAAGACCUGAUUGGAGUGUACCCCAAAUACAUGAAGAUCCACGAGUCGAACCUGAAGGAUUCAAGGCUGUUGAGCCUGGUCAAGACCAUGGGUUACAGUCUGGUGGGCUUCAACAUGGAUGAGUACGAUUACAAGUACACGACACUGGAGACAGCGGGUCAGAUCGCAGAGGUUUACAACUCCAUGUUUUCGAAACAGAUGGAUGCGUACGGUCGUAAGGCCUCGUAUGUGGUUGCUGGGUAUGAUGUGCCCUCGACAGGCGCAGCAGCGGCGUUGCCCAAGGUUGUGAAUACGAUCAAUACACACGGGUAUGAUAUGGUUCGUCUGGAUGGAUGUGUGAAUGACAAGACGCCAUACAAGAAG